UAAUUGCCGGCGUAACCCGCCGGAAUCCAAUUUCCUGACCGGCGAAUCCAUGGAAACGGUAACCGUACAUUCGAGCCAAUGGGACAGAGUGAUGGAGCUGACGAAAUUGGCUCAGGAAAGAAACACCGAUCCAUUGGUAUGGGCCAUGGAGCUUUCCUCCAGUCUCAACUCCGCCGGCAUCUCUAUGCCGUCGACCGACGUUGCCGAACUUCUCGUAUCUCAUAUUUGUUGGUCCAAUAAUGUUCCUAAUGCUUGGAAGCUUCUAGAGAAAGCUUUGGUGUUUAGAAUUGUCCCUCCUCUGUUCGUUCUCGCCCUUCUCUCUACAAGAGUAAUUCCUGCUCGAAGGAGCUAUCCGAUGGCAUACAGGCUGUAUAUGGAACUUCUAAAAAGAUAUGCUUUUUCAUUACCAUCUCUAAUUAAUGGUCCAAAUUAUCAAAAGAUUAUGGAAUCGAUAAAUGAUACUCUUCAUCUUUCCCGGAUAUUUGAACUCCAGGGAUCUGAAAGUGGAAUGCAUGUGAUUGAAUAUGUUUUCACGGUUGUAUGUCAGUUACUGGAUGCCUCACUUGAUGAUGAGGGGCUGCUGGAACUGACUGCUGAAAAGAAGUCUAGGUGGUCAGUUGCAACUCAAGAAAUGGAAAUCAGCAAUCGUGAUGGCUUUGCUGGGAAAAGAGUUGAACAUCGUGAAGGAUUAUGUAGAAUGAACACUGUACUGGCUAUUGAAAUAAUUGGCGAUCUUUUUGGGGACAAACUGACAUCCAUGAUUCUUUACUUGGCACAUAGGAACAUGCCCACACAUUGGGAUUCUUUCAUGCAGCACUUACACCUUCUAGUGUCAAACUCGUCAGCUUUAAGAAACUCUAAGAAUAUUUCUCCGGAGGCUUUGGUACUGUUGAUAUCCAAAAACCGUGGAGUUCUCUCCAGAGAAUGCAAAACAAGCUCAAGGAAAUUUCUUCAUGCUGUUAUGGCUUCUGGAUCACUUGCACUUUCUGCUAGUCGGUUUGAUGAUGCUAGUACAUCAGUUCUCUGGCUACCAAUUGAUCUCUUUCUUGAAGAUACCAUGGAUGGAUCAAAAGUGGCAGCUACAAGUGCUUCUGACACCCUUACUGGUCUGGUGAAGGCUCUGCGGGCAGUUAACUGUACAUCAUGGAAGAACACAUUUUUUGGGUUGUGGAUUUCAGCCCUUAGGCUUGUUAAUAGAGAAAGGGAUCCCAGUGAGGGUCCAGUACCUCGUCUUGAUACUUGCUUAUGCUUAUUGUUGUCUAUUACACCGCUAGCAAUUACCAACAUUAUUAAAGAAGAGGAAAAUGAUAGCUGCACUAGUGAUCAAAGAACAGAGUCCACAGGAAAACAUCGUCAGGCCUUGGUUUCUAGCUUACAGCAACUGCAUGAUUAUGAAGGCUUGUUGACCCCACCACUGCCUGCAAUUCCUUUGGCAAACCAAGCUGCUUUGAAAGCAAUGAUGUUCCUCUCAGGGCUAAGUGGGGGAAGUGAGUAUUUUGAUGGGAUGAGAUUGAAUGACAUGCCUGCCAAUUGUGCUGGAAGCUUGUGGCACCUUAUUGUUGAGGCUUGCAUUGCUAGAAACAUUUUGGAUACGUCUGCUUAUUUAUGGCCGGGAUAUGUAAAAGGUCAAUUCAAUCAAGUGCCUCGUAACAUGUCAGGCCCAUCGCCUAGAUGGUCAUCAUUGAUGAAGGGGUCUCCCCUAACUCCUCCAAUGGUCAGUGUAUUGGUUUCAACACCCGCUUCAAGCUUAGCAGAAAUAGAGAAAAUAUAUGAGAUUGCUGUCAAUGGUCCAGCUGAAGACAAGAUUUCUGCCGCUACAAUUCUCUGUGGGGCUUCUCUUGCUCGUGGUUGGAAUAUACAGGAACAUGCGGUUCUAUUCAUCACUAGGCUUCUUUCACCUUGUGUUCCUUCUGAUUAUUCUGGAACUGAUAGCCAUUUGAUUAGCUAUGCUCCUUUUCUGAAUGUUCUUGUUGUUGGUAUAACAUCUGUAGACUGUAUCCAGAUAUUUUCUUUGCAUGGAUUGGUUCCACAGCUUGUUGGUGCAUUGAUGCCAAUUUGUGAAGCCUUCGGUUCUUGUCCACCCAAUGUGUCAUGGACUCUUAUGUCGGAAGAAAUUACUUCACAUGCCGUUUUCUCGAAUGCAUUCACACUUUUAUUGACAUUGUGGAGGUUUGAUCAGCCACCGCUUGAGCAUGUCACCAGAGAUGUUCCUGUGGGAUCCCAUCUAACUCCUGAAUACCUAUUGCUGGUUCGCAACUCCCAGUUGGCAUUCUCUGAAGAUUUGCUGAUAGAUCAAAGCAAAAGCAAGCAAUUGUCUAGAGUUGUCAGUCAAUUACCUAGAGAACCCAUAUUUAUGGAUUCGUUUCCUAAACUAAAAUGUUGGUACCGGCAACAUCAAGCAUGUAUUGCGUCACCUCUCUCAGGUCUCGUCCCUGGAACUCCUGUUCAUCAGAUAGUUGAAGCACUGCUGGACUUCAUGUUCCGAAAAAUAAAUAGUGCUGGUCAGUCCCUUAUACCUCCAAUUUCAAGUGGUAGUAACUCAUCUGGGUCUGGAAAUGAAGAGAUAUCUCCUCAUCUUAAGCUGCCUGCUUGGGAUAUUUUGGAAGCUGUUCCUUUUGUGCUUAACGCUGCUCUCACGGCAUGUGCUCAUGGGACCUUGUCACCACGUGAACUAGCCACAGGUCUUAAGCAUCUAGCUGACUUUCUUCCUGCAUCUUUGGCAACGAUUACAAGUUACUUUUCAGCUGAAGUGACGCGGGGUAUUUGGAAGCCUGCUUCUAUGAAUGGAACUGAUUGGCCAAGUCCUGCUGCAAAUUUAGCAGCAGUGGAACAACAAGUUAAGAAAAUCCUAGCUGACACUGGUGUUGAUGUCCCAAGUCUCUCUGUAGGUGGAAGUUCUCCAGCUAUUCUUCCUUUGCCUCUGGCAGUCCUUGUGAGCCUCACCAUUACAUAUAAACUUGAUAGAGAUACUGACCGCUUUCUGAACUUGAUGGGCGCAGCAGUGAGUAACCUGGCUACAAGUUGUCCUUGGCCGUGUAUGCCUGUUAUGGCUGCUCUAUGGGCUCAAAAGGUUAGACGCUGGAGUGACUUUCUUGUUUUCUCUGCAUCCCGGACUGUUUUCCACCACAGCAGUGAUGCAGUGGUUCAACUUCUUCGGGUCUGCUUUACAGCUACACUAGGUAUAGGUACAUCUUCUAUAGAAAGCAACGGUGGGGUCGGUUCUCUUCUUGGUCAUGGAUUUGGUUCGCAUUUUUCUGGUGGCAUAUCUGCUGUUGCCCCUGGUAUACUCUACUUGCGUGUUCAUAGAGCUGUCAGAAAUGUCAUGUUUAUGUCAGAAGAGAUCGUCUCCCUUUUGAUGCAUUUUGUCAGAGAUAUUGCGGAUAGUGGAGUCCCUGCUAAGGAUUUGGAGAAACUCAAGAAAACUAGAGGUGAGAUAAGGUCUCUCUCUAGUCAGAAAACAGAUAGUGGAUUCCCUGCAUCUUGUCACGUCUCUCUUGCUGCAGCUAUGGUCCGUGUCAAGCUUGCAGCUUCAUUGGGUGCUUCAUUAAUUUGGAUUACAGGUGGUUUAAGUCUAGUCCAAUCUUUACUGAAAGAAACAUUGCCAUCUUGGUUUAUAUCAGCACAUAGGUCAGAGCCUAACGGUGGUGUUUCAGAAGGAAUGGUUGCAAGGCUAAGGGGUUAUGCCCUUGCAUACUUGGCAGUGCUGUGUGGAACAUUUUGUUGGGGGGUGGAUUCCUCGUCACCCACAUCCAAAUGGCGACCAAGUAUGCUCGGAGCACACUUGGAAUUUCUCGCGAGUGCAUUAGAUGGCAAAAUAUCACUUGGUUGUAACAAGGCUACAUGGAGAGCAUAUGUGUCGGGUUUCAUAAGCUUGAUAGUGGGAUGCACACCAAGCUGGCUUCUGGAGGUGGAUCUUCAAGUUUUGAAGAGGCUGAGCAAGGGAUUGAAACGGUGCGACGAAGAAGUAUUAGCUCUGGCGCUUUUGGAAGCUAGUGGUGUUGGUGCUAUGGGUACUGCUGCUGAAAUGAUUAUAGAGGGGAGCUUGAACUUUGCUAGAUGAGCAUUCAAGGAGGACUGGUAAUGUAACAGUCUUUUAGAUUAUCAGUAAAGCUUUGUACAAUUUUUUAUUGUGUAAAUGUUGAGAGGACAGAUAUAGAAGUUAGCAACCCUUCUAUAGAUCAGUUGAGUUUUGAUUGGA